AUGGAAGUCCCAGCCAGCUCUACUGAAAGACCUGCCUCCACGGUGCCAGUGGUUGACCCCAGUGUAGUGGGUGCUGUCAUGAUAGCGUGCUCCUUAGUCUUUGGUGAGAUCGUAGGGACUCUAGGAAUCAUAGGCAACAUCAUCACCAUCAUCAUCUUCAUCAAACAAGGAUUCGACGACACCGUCAACAUCACGCUGACAGCCCUAGCUGUCAGUGACAUCGGUGCGCUGGUCACUCUACAGCUGUUUAACGUCAUGGUCAACCCGUUCUUCCUGUCUCUUGACGUCAACUUCCUGGUCAUAGAGGUCAACCGGGUCAUUUCCUUCUACCCCCACAACUACUUCAUCCGGGUCACCGGGUUCAUCACAGCUUUCGCGGCGUUCGAGCGAUGUCUUUGUGUGGUCAAACCCUUACACGUUAAACAAAUCAUCACCAGAAAUGUUUCUUUUACAUUCAACGUACUUGUCUUUUUUGUGACGAUUUUCAACAUUUUUCCUAUCAUGUACACGGGCUAUUUCCAAUGGAAAUUUCCAUCCAAACUCAACAAAACUUACCUCGGCGUUGCAUUCUCGAAAAACGCACAGCGUGUUUUUUCCGUAUCUUAUUUCAUCACAGAUUUAUUCGUUCCGUAUUUUACAUUUUUCAUCAUCAUCACCUGUACGACAAUCACAGGGAUAAAACUAAAAACGAAAGCCGCUUGGAGAAAAACAGCAACCGGCGCCUCGGGAAAGCCAAAGGCUGAAAUCUCAAACAAAGAGAGGAAAGUCGUUGUCAUGUUAAUUACGGUGUCCGUUAUAUUUGUCGUCUGCUUGAUCCCACAGUCGGCCAUCUUGACAGCCGUUGGUCUGGUCCAGGAGCUAAGUGUGUCGGGACAAUAUUUUGACGUUGCUUUCAUCUGUUACUGUGUGUCUUUUGUGGCGGAAACCAUUAACUCUAGCGUCAACAUCAUCGUCUAUUUUAAGAUGAGCAGCAGGUUCAGAAAUACUUUCCUGGAGUUGUUUGGAUUGAAGAAAUAA